GCCAAUUUACCUUAUUGAGGGUGGCUCCAAUGGCAAAUUUAGCACUGUUGCUAGCAUCUCUGUGUCUUCUCUCCAACAUUUUCUCCCUCCCAUUCCUUGCAUUUGCUAUAUCCUCCUGUGGUGGCCCAUGUCAAACCCUUAACGACUGUGAGGGUCAGCUCAUAUGCGUCAAUGGUAAAUGUAAUGAUGAUCCAGACGUCGGGACUCACAUUUGUCAAACCCCAUCACCAUCCCCUCCAAGCGGCUCUAACUGUCAAGCCUCCGGCACUCUUACGUGCGAGGGAAUAUCCUAUCCCACCUACAGAUGCUCCCCUCGGGUUACAUCCUCCACACCUGCCAAACUCACAAACAAUGACUUUAGCGAAGGCGGGGACGGUGGAGGCGCGUCGGAGUGUGAUGAGCAGUACCAUAGCAACUCGGAGCGUAUUGUCGCCCUGUCAACCGGGUGGUACAAUGGCGGAUCGCGAUGUGGAAAGAUGAUCAGGAUUACGGCACAAAAUGGGAGGAGUGUGGUGGCCAAGGUGGUGGAUGAGUGUGACUCCAUGAGGGGGUGUGACCAAGAGCAUGCAUACCAGCCUCCUUGUAAGAAUAACAUAGUUGAUGGAUCUGAUGCUGUGUGGAGUGCUCUGGGGCUGGAUAAGGACAUAGGUGUAGUGGAUGUUACCUGGACCAUGGCUUAGGUACGUUAGCUUUAGUGCUUGUAGCCACCUAAUAAACGGCGUUACGUACCGAGCUUCAAUGCCUAAUUACUGGCUGUGUUGUAUCGACACAUUAAUAUGAAGUAAAUAAAUGGUCCAGCUACUAAGAA